UGUCCAAACAAGUAUUCCCAUGUUAACUUUUAGGCUCAUGGCCCUCUCUAGCCUACAGAAAACAGAGCAACACUUCACAAUGACGUGCGUUUAGUUGGUUGUCAUUUUUGUUCGUGGAUUUUGUUUUUUAAUGCUGCCAUCUCGCGGAACAGAUAGGGCUGUGCUGUCACGAAACAUUCAUUAUGAACUCCACGUUGAAUGUAUUCUUCGUAUAAAUGUACUGUAUAUUAUGUGUAACAUUCGGUACGUAUACAGUGUGUAGCAUGUAGGUUUAUGUUUGGGACCUGGUGGGAUGACGAGCAUGAAACUGGGGUUCGCUAUUUGCCACUUCAUGCCUAUGUCAUGACGGCUUCCUGCGGGCACAGAGGCGGGCGGAGGCGGCGCCUCAAUGGGAUGAUCUCAGGGGAAGUCUGCCUGGUCGGAGUUGAGCUGUUCGGCAUGUCGAGCACCGGACUUUCUCGGUGCUGAAUUUCAGUUCGUUAAUCUGGGAAGAGCGAAUGUGGAUUGUGAGGGGAAAUGAGUAACAGUGUUGGCUCCAGGAUGGAUGGCUCAGCCGGACCGGUUGCCAUGGCAAACGGACCUGUCUCAACGCCCGCCGACCCAACCAGCUCCACACUGGGCCCGCCUUCGGUCCUGGAGGAGCCAGCCAGCGAGCCUCUGUCUUCCCUGACGGAUGUCACCCAGAUGUGGGUCAGAUUUGCCAAGACGUUCGCCAUCAUCCUGCCAAUCUACAUCCUGGGCUACUUUGAGUUCAGCUUCAGUUGGGUGCUGAUCGGACUGGCUGCCUUGUUCUACUGGAGGAGAACCCAUGGCAGCAAGGACUACCGGAUCAACCGGGCCUUGGCCUUCCUGGAACACAAGGACAUAGUUGUCAAGAAGAGUCUGCCUACCACUGACCUGCCACCAUGGGUCCAUUUUCCAGAUGUAGAGCGAGUGGAGUGGCUGAAUAAGACAGUGAAGCAGAUGUGGCCGUUCAUCUGUCAGUUCGUGGACAAGUUGUUCCGAGACACCAUCGAACCGGCCGUGAAGGGUGCCAACCCUCACCUCAGCUCCUUCUGCUUCACCAAGAUUGACAUGGGUGACAAGCCUCUGAGAGUGAACGGUGUGAAGGUUUACACAGAGAAUGUGGACAAGAGGCAGGUCAUCAUGGACCUGCAGAUCAGUUUUGUGGGGAACACGGAGAUUGAUGUCGACAUCAAGAAGUAUUACUGCAGAGCUGGAAUCAAGAGCAUCCAGCUUCAUGGAGUGAUGAGAGUGGUGAUGGAGCCUCUCUUGGGCGACAUGCCUCUCAUUGGAGCUCUGUCCGUUUUCUUCCUCAAGAAGCCGCUGCUGGACAUCAACUGGACUGGCCUGACCAACAUGCUGGACAUCCCUGGGGUCAAUGGUCUUUGUGACAACAUGAUCCAAGACAUCAUUUACAGCUUUGUGGUCCUUCCCAACCGCAUCACCAUCCCUCUGGUGGGGGAGGCCCAGCUGGACCACCUCCUCUUCCCCGUGCCCAAAGGAAUCCUGCGGAUCCACUUCAUCGAGGCCCAGGACCUCGUGGGUAAGGACAAAUUUCUGGGCGGUCUGAUCAAGGGCAAGUCCGAUCCAUAUGGAGUCAUCCGGGUCGGGAACCAGCUCUUCCAGAGCAAAGUCAUACACGAGACGCUCCACCCCAAAUGGAAUGCCGUAUACGAGGCCGAAGUAAUGGAUCCCACCGGACACAACCUGGAGGUCCAGCUCUACGAUGAAGAUACUGACAAAGACGACCCUCUGGGAAGUGUGACCAUCGACAUUGCCGAGCUCGCCAAAGACCAGGCGGUUGACGAGUGGUUCGGGCUGGAUGGCGUGGCCUCUGGGAAGCUGCACCUCAAGCUGGAGUGGUUGUCUCUCCUGUCCACACCCGACAAGCUGGACCAGGCGCUGGCCAGCAUUCGGGCGGACCGUGGCAAAGCCAACGAUGGGCUGUCAUCUGCACUCCUCGUUGUCUUCUUGGACUCGGCUCGAAACCUGCCGCAAAAUCCCUUAGAGUUCAACCAGGGUGGGCCGAAGAAGGCCUCGCUCAGUAAUGUCAUCAAGUCUGCGAAGAAAGUGACCAGCGAUCCCAGUCCCUUUGUCCAGCUGAGAGUCGGUCACAAGUCCCACGAGAGCAAGACUCGCUACAAGACUGAUGAACCUGUGUGGGAAGAAGCCUUCUCAUUCCUCAUCCACAACCCCAGAAGUCAAGACUUGGAGAUAGAGGUGAAGGAUGCCAAACACGAGUGUUCACUGGGCACGCUCAUUGUGCCUCUGAGCCGCCUGCUGGAGGCCGAGGACAUGACCCUGAACCAGCAGUUUCCUCUCAAGACCAGCGGACCCAGCUGCACCCUCAAGAUGAAGAUGGCCCUGCGGGUGUUGUGCCUGGUCGACAAAGAAGCAUCCUCGACCCCUGAUCCCAACCCGUCCUCGGUGCAGCUUCGCAAGUCCAGCUCCACCAGCCCGACCACACGGCCGUCCACCUCGUCUGACCUCCCCACGCAGGAAUCCUCGGCUUCGCACUUCCCGCGCUCAGCGUCUGUGUCAGCGCAGUCCACGCUGAACCGCCGGUGGGAUGCCGAGCAGCAGCACGGCGAUGUGGCGGAGGGCAGGAUCGGAGGUCCAAGUAUGGCGGAAAGUGGAAGGAGCAUGUCUAACUUGACCAACAUGGGCUCACAGCAGAUCCUAGUCGGAGGCAAGGAGGCCACACCCAGCAUCGCCUCAGACAUCUCCAACCCGUAUGCCACUCAGGAGCUGCAGCAGAGACUUCAGCAACUGCAGAAUGGUUCUGGACCCAACUCCUUCCCUCUGGGAGAGAUCCAGCUGACGGUGAGACACAGCUCUCAGAGGAACAAGCUGGUGGUGGUGGUUCACGCCUGCAGGAACCUCAUCUCUUUCACUGACCACGGAUCAGAUCCUUACGUCCGCCUCUACUUACUUCCUGACAAGAGGAGGUCAGGCAGGAGGAAAACUCACACCUUCAAGAAAACGCUCAACCCCGUUUACGAUCAGACCUUUGAGUUCAGUGUAUCCCUGGUGGAGCUCCACAGGAGAACGCUGGACGCGGCUGUGAAGAACAGCGGGGGUCUCCUCUCCAAACACAAGGGCCUUCUGGGAAAGGUGCUGGUGGAUUUGACCCACGAGGACAUCGCUAAAGGGUGGACACAGUGGUAUGAGCUGAGUGAAGAGGGCCUGAGGAAGCCUCAUCAGAUCUAGGCUCAUCAUCAUACUCAUCAUUCUACAUGUUUGUGCUGGUUUCCUUUAGAAAAAAACUAGUAGCUUUAAGGUUCUUGUACUCUCAUCAGUCGCAAGGUAGACCUCCCCUUUAAGCCUAAAGGGAGAGUAUGCACUCUAUUUAUAACAUAAAGGACAAAUCUUUUGUAAAUAUGUUCCACCAUGCUGGAAGAUGUUGGCGGUGUAUUCUCCAAUGUUUAUAUAUAUAUUUUUUUCUUGUAAAAGGUCUUCUCUGUGAUAUAAGAAGCCAGGAACACCACUGUCAAAGAGAGUUUAAUAAUUUUUUUUUUGUAUUAAAAAAACAACCUAAACUCUACACUGGCUUCAUUUUACACAUUUUGUUUUGUCAGUAAUAGCGAUACGUUUGUUUGCUGUGUAUUUUUAGUUUAGAAGUCUGAAAUGAAGCCGGUGUUAAGUGUUAGCAAUUUGCACAUCCUUCAACAUACCAAAGGAUCAUCUUAGUUCCAAUGAACCCAUAAGAACCCAACACUUCAAAUGUGCUAAAAUGUGUCCUGUACAGCUUGACUUGAACUCAAGUCCCAAAGUCACUAUAAGGAACAUUUUGGAGUAUGCCAUGUGACUGUCAUGUGACUGUCCCAAUAUGGCUUUCCCAAAAUGGUAGUGUCAGGUAAGCUAGCACAUUUCUAAAAGCUUCUUUUUUGCCAUUAAUGCUUGUUGUGAAGCCCUUUAACUAUUUCAAUUUAAUGGGGUGUCAGAUAUUACAAUUCAACUGUUCGUACUACGUUUUAAUUUUAAUUAAUUCAUGUAAAACAGGCUAGGAAAAUGUCACUAUGAGGCUUGUAGCCUUAAACUUGCUGUGGAAAGCCAGAUGUGACGUAUUUGACACCAUUACAACAAUGCUAAUAAUGUACUUUGUUCAAUUCAAAGUACAUUGGUGAUACACAAAAAAGUGUCAUUACCAUGUACUAUGUAUAUAACAUCAUUCACAUGAAUCAGCAGGAGUUUACAAAACAUCACAAAUGUCUUCAGUAUGUGUUCCACUUGCUUUGUGCACCAUAAUUUUCCUAUAAGCACCAAGGGGUUUGGGUUCUUAUGUGUUAAAAUAUUAGUAUGGCGUUUUAAAGGGUGGUUUUAUUUUGCAAUUACAGAAAAAUGUAUAUUACAGUACUUCAUGUUAUUGUAUAAGUCAUGCAGUUUUAAAAGGAAACCUGUAUACCACAGGGCCGCCUAGUGGACACUUUUGCAAGCACACUUUGCUUCUGAGUACUUCAGCAUGCACAUGAAUGCAACCAAUAUCAUGUUAAGACUUGUUUUAUAUUGUUUUUUGUUCAUGUAGACAUUUCUUUGAAGAGUCUUAAAGUUGAUUUUUUAAAUGUUGUCAUACCAAAGUCAGCCAGCAGCAAGUCUAUUUGGCCCGUGUAAUGGAGACACGUGACAAAGACAGUAUUUAGUAAGGUGAAGAUAGACUGCUGCUUUGUUUUCUACUUUGUGCCUUAAAGACAUUUAGGCGCUUCCAUAGCUUUACUCUGGUAGAAGAAGAAAUAAAGAACCUUUUA